GCCAGUCAGUAACAAGGGGGGAGGGCCCACUGCCCUCAGAGUAUAAAAUCUGCCAUUUCUAUUUAACAGAGGACAUCCAAAAACAGUAAAACCUGUAUAUUUGGCUUGACCGUCACACUUUGACAGCUGGCUUUACUUUCAGCAAUGUUUCUAAGGAUGACUCUGACUCUGAAGAGCUGUUUUGUCACUCUGGCCAUCCUCUUUAUUUGGCAAGUGGAGGAAGGUGCAGAAGCCUGCACCUGUAUGCAGAGCGAUCCUCAGCAGGCUAUCUGCAGCUCAGAUGUUGUCAUCAGAGCAAAUAUCAUUGGAAGAGAGGAGGUUGUCAAUGGCACAAUGAAGAGUGUCAAAUAUGUCAUCUACGUUAUUGAGAUGUUCAAAGGCCCUUGGGGUAUCAGGUAUGUCUACACUUCUGGACCGUGUAGAGCCUACUUAGACAAUGACAUCGGAACAGAUUAUCUUCUUACAGGCAGACAGGAUGCUGAUGGGACGGUGCACAUCAGCAUGUGUAACUUUCUUAAGCCAUUGCAUGACUUGAGUGCCACCGAGCUGAGCCUGAUUCAGAACCUUGGGGGCAACUGUGGCUGAAUGUUGAAGAUCCAUAACUUUAUUGAAAUCAUCUAAAAACAUAAAAAACGAAAUAAAUGUACGCAUUUGUGUUUUUUCUUUCAUUUA